GCAAGCUGUCCACGUCCGCUCUCAACCUUGUCGCGUCUUUUGCACCAAGAGAGACGAGGACGAAAUAAUCAAACAAACCCUCAUCACAGACUCAAGAUGCGGUCGCUUUUGAGCCUCGUGCUCCUUUUGUUCGCGGCCCUGGUUUCGGCCGCGGGCACGGCUGGCAAUCGACUGCUGGUCGUGUUGGAUGCCGUCGAGGAGAAGGAGGCGUAUUCCACCUUUUUUGCCGACCUCAACGAGCGAGGAUAUCAGAUUACAUACGAGUCUCCCAAGAACAGUGCUCUGAGCUUGUUCCGUCUCGGCGAGAGGAACUAUGAUCACCUCCUCUUCCUCCCCACCAAGGUCAAGGGUCUCGGCCCCAACUUGACCCCCAAUAUCAUCCUCGACUUCAUCAACGCCGGCGGAAACAUCCUCCUGACCAUGUCCUCGACCCACGCUGUUCCUACAUCUCUCGUCUCCGUCCUCGCCGAGCUCGACAUUGCGCUGCCCGUCGAGCGCACCGGCAAGAUUGUCGACCACUUCAACUUUGAUACCAUCUCGGCCGCCGAGUCCCACGAUGUCCUCGUCCUGGACGCUCCCCGAAAUGUCCGACCUGGUCUGAAGGACUACUUUGAGAUUCCCGGCGCCCUGCUUGCUGUGUCCAAUGCCGUUGGCCACACUCUGGGCUCCGGACCUCUCCUUACACCCAUCCUCCGCGCUCCUCCCACCGCGUACAGCUACAACCCCAAGGAGCAGGCCGAGACUGUUGACCCUGAUGAGCUGUUUGCUGCUGGAAAGCAGCUUGCGCUGGUCUCGACCAUGCAGGCUCGCAACUCAGCGCGCUUCACCAUCAUUGGUUCCGCCGAGAUGCUCCAGGACAAGACCUUUGACACCAAGGUCUCCCGAAAGGGCGGCAAGGCGCUGUACCCCAGCAACCGCGAGUUCAUCACCAGCUUGGCGGGCUGGACUUUCAAGGAGCUUGGUGUGUUGCGGGUCAACAAGAUCGAGCACCACCUCGUGGGCGACAACGAGACCAACCCUGAAAUCUACCGAGUCAAGAACGAUGUGACCUACAGCAUCUCCAUCUCCGAGUAUGCCUGGCGUAGCUGGAUGCCCUUUGAGCUCCCCCCUGGCGACUCGCUCCAGCUCGAGUUCUCGAUGCUCUCGCCCUUCCACCGCCUGGAUCUCAAGGCCACGCAUGUCGACGAGCACGCCACCGUCUUCAGCACCAACUUUACGCUGCCCGACCAGCACGGCAUCUUCAACUUCAAGGUCAACUACAAGCGACCCUUCCUGACCAACGUUGAGGAGAAGAACACUGUCAGCGUGCGACACAUGGCCCACGACGAGUGGCCGCGCAGCUACGUCAUCUCGGGCGCCUGGCCCUGGCUGACGGGUAUUGGAGCCACUGUCACUGGCUUCCUGGCGUUUAGCGUUAUCUGGAUGUACAGCCAGCCCGUGGCCACCUUGGAAAAGGGCAAGAAGACGCAAUAG